AUGUCGGAGAAAGCACAGUUACAAUACGCCGCUGCAGCACAAGUGCCUCUCAUCAAAUCCCCCUCUCUCAGAGUACCCCGCCCGGUCGAGCGUCCACCCGAUAUUCAUCCACUGCCGGAUGAUGUAACGCCAUAUUUUGUAUAUCCAUUUACCCUAGAGCCUCAUGUCGUCCUCCUCGAAAACUCGAGGAGGUCGACGCUUGCUGCUCAUGCGGCGCGGCGCGAGGCGUAUCUUCAGUCCCGAGAAGAGGAAAGGGAAAGACGGAAGCGUGAGGCAUUGCGUAGAAUCGCUCCUGGGUUUGAACCCCAGGGUGCGCCUCUCCUCCCGCAGAAGAGAGCAUCGACGGUUCCAGCACCUCUGAAUUCUCCUGGUACAGGUGAUUUGUCCCACAGUCGAACGAAAUCAGUCAUGGAGGAUCUCGUAGACCAACUUGCCGCACUUGAUAGCAAUACGUGA